UUACAGUCAUCGAUACAAACUUUCAACUUGUUUUUCCUGCCACGGUCAGUCACAUGGACUACGCACGUGUUGACAUGAAACAAGACUUAACGUCUGCAACCGUCUGCUUUUGGAUGAAAACAGACGACCAACAAAACCAAGGCACACCAUUCUCCUAUGCAAAUGACGAUGGCGACAACAUGUUCACCCUGACUGACUAUGACGGGUUUGCGUUUUAUGUGAAUGGUGAAAAAAGAACCACAACGGCAAAAGCAAACACAGGAAACUGGCAUCAUGUCUGCCUCAUGUGGGAGUCAAAUCGAGGUCAAUGGAAGCUCUACAUGGACGGAAUUCCAAUGGACAGUGGCAGAAGGCUGUCGAAUGGACAAACGAUCAAAGGUGGUGGACAAUUCAUCAUUGGACAGGACCAAGAUACGUUAGGUGGCGGGUUUUCCAGUCCCGAAGCAUUUAUUGGCCAAAUUACUCAGCUGAACAUGUGGAGUAGAAGUCUGUCUCUAAGAGAUAUUGAAUCACUACGAAUAAAUUGUUCGUCAGAAAUGGGUGACGUCAUAGCCUGGGCGGAUAUAUCCGGGAAAACAAAAGGCGCCGUCUCUGAUACACCUGCGGAGUUUUGUAAAGCCUGUCCGAAACUAUAUGAUAUCAGCCAUGGCAAUGUUACCUACACCGGUUUGACCGCGGGAUCAGAGGCCUCGUAUAGAUGUAAAAAAGGAUACGACCUAGCUGGUCGCAGGACAAGACUUUGUAUUAUUACCGGAGAAUGGGAGGGUAAUGUGCCAGUAUGUGCAGCCGUACAGUGUGGACAUCCCGGAGGGAUCUUACACGGCUGGACCGAGGGUGAGCGUUUUACAUAUGAUAAUUGGGUCCGUUACAGAUGUGAAAGAGGAUACGAAUUGAUUGGUCCUGCAACAAGAUAUUGCGGGGAAUUUGGCUUCUGGGAAGGCGAUAUUCCUAUUUGUGAAC